AUGAGGAGCGCAAGGACGCUGCGGCAGCUCGCGCAAACUGUCAGCAGACGGAGUCUUCAUCAUUAUCAUCAUCAUCAUGAGCGGUCAGUGGGGAUCAUCGGAGCACCUUUCUCCAAGGGACAGCCUCGAGGCGGAGUGGAGAGAGGACCAGACCUGAUCCGAGCUGCAGGACUGCUGCACAGACUGCAGGAGCAAGGCUGUGCAGUGAAGGAUUAUGGGAACCUGAUGUUUGAGGAGGUGGUGGAGGACGAGCCGGUCGGUCAGGUGAAGCGUGUCCGGGCCGUGGGCAGCGCCAACCAGAGGCUGUCGGAGGCAGUGCGGGCCGUGAAGAAGGACGGACACACCUCAGUGAUGCUGGGAGGAGACCACAGCCUGGCGAUCGGCUCCAUCCACGGCCACUCGGCGGCGGUCGGGGAGCUGAGCGUCGUGUGGGUCGACGCCCACGCCGACAUCAACACGCCGCUGACCUCAUACACUGGAAACAUCCACGGACAGCCGAUGUCUUACCUCCUGCACGAGCUGCACUCAAAGAUUCCCAUCCUGCCGAACUUCUCCUGGGUGAAGCCGUGUGUGUCGGCCAAAGAUCUCGUCUACAUCGGUUUGAGAGACGUGGACCCUGCGGAGCAUUACAUCCUGAAGCUCCUGGGUGUGAAGGUGUUUUCCAUGUCACAGGUGGAUAAGCUCGGCGUAGCCAAAGUCAUGGAGGAGACAUGUGACUACCUGUCUGCCAGAGCGAACAAACCGAUCCACCUGAGCUACGACAUCGAUGCCAUCGACCCCUCCGUUACCCCGGCGACCGGGACACCUGUAGUGGGAGGGCUCACCUACAGGGAGGGAGUCUACAUCGCUGAGCACCUUUGUCAGACAGGUCUUCUGUCGGGGGUGGACAUGGUGGAGGUGAAUCCUCUGAGGGGUCAGACUGAACAGGACAUCCAGUCCACAGUCAGCAUGGCGGUGGACCUGCUGCUCAGCUGUUUCGGACGCCUCCGUGAGGGAAACCACCGGCCGGACUACCGCCUGCCCGAUCCUUGACUGGGAUGACGCCGCCUCCCUGGCUGACCUGACGGACACCUGAACAUCUCUGAUUGCCACCAGGAAAAAAACAGACGAUCAGAUUUGAACUUAACAGCCAAACUUCCAAAAGUAGAAGUGCAGUGUCCAGAAUACCUGAAACGAAGUGAUGUCAGUGAGGUGCACACUCCAGUUUACCAAACCGUCCCGUCUGUGAGGCUUCGACCAAAGAUCUUCCUGUGGACUCUGACGCUCAGGACUCAGUUUAGGGUUCAAUUUUGAAAACAAAAUAAUUCUUUGUAAUUUUCCAUUAAUUAUUCAGUCUAUAACGUGUCAGAAAAGAGGAAGAAAUUCAAAGGUGACGUCUCAGAUUGCUUAUUUUAACCCAAAGAUACUCAGUUACAGUGAUAUAAAUCAGAAGUGUUUGGACUUUUGCUUGAUAAAUCAAUCAAGAGAUUGUCAUUAAUUGUUUGAGCUUUAUUUUGAUACAAAUGACCUCAAAUGUAAAUGGAUCAAAAUAAAUUAA